AUGUGGGAAGGGAAUUGUGCUUGCCCCUCAAGCAAAUGUGGGCGGCCAAUCGGGAACGAGGGGGCGGUUCUCAAAGCUCUCAUUUCGGCUCGCUUUGCAUCUGCAAAGAAUGCAAGGACGAAAAGGGGUCAGGGGGCUCAGGCUAGCGCAAGCCCUGGUCCCGGGGGCAGUCCUCGCAGCACGCAAGGGUGCAAAGCGCUCUGCCAUCUACUCGAUAGGCUGCUUUGCAAGAGGGCCAGGGCCCAGGGGGCAGGGGCAAGAAAGCGCCGCUUAGACGCGAUGGGGGCCCGCAGUCUCUUGGGCGCCUGGCAUGUGUCAGCCUUCUCAAUUGUCCUAAUUGCUGCGGCGCUGUUUGUCCAGGGAGGGGAGUCGCUGACGGUUGAGACCACCUACCGCGUUCACGUGAAUGGCAGCACCAGCUUGCCGGAUCCAAGUCCUCUUAACGCCUUUCUGCUGAGUCACAGCACAUCGCUUAACCCGCUGCUGCCUGACCACCCUCCAGUCCAGCUGCAGCUCUGCAACUCCAGGGUUUAUUCCCAACCCUUUGAUUUCUACACGCUGCAGCACCCGGGGGGUUGUGCCAGCGCACCAGGGUGGAUAACGAGCAAGUCAGUAGGUGCGAGGGUGCUUGAAGCAAUCUGGCUGGCAUGGGGUGCGGUCCUUGUAGCUGGGCUGGUUCUCACUUGGGUGAUUCCCUCCAGGAUGUCUGCUCUUAAGGGAUGGGCAGUCCGCUGUUGCUAUAGCUUGGUGCCCGCCAGUCCGGAGCGCAUAAAGAUUCCAGCAGACAUCAUUGCGGCCUCUCCAUGCCUGAGGGUAACCGCGGUGUUUCCAUUGUUUAUCCUGAUAGCCCUUCUCAACUUUUCAUACGCUGCGAUGGACAAACUCCUCCCAGCCCCGCUGCCCGAUCCUGCCAGCCUGAACGCCUUUCUCCAUUCCAGCGGCCAAAACAUAACGCUCAGCCUCUGCACCAUCAGGAGAGACUUUCAAGUCUACAUAGGGUUCUCAGACAGCUGCAACCAGCUGUCAGCCUCCCUCUAUCCAGAUCUUAGCACCACAUGCGACGAAACAACAAUCGACACCAGAGUCCAAGACACUUUUAGUCAUGGCUUGGCAGUGGCCAUUUUGACGUUCUUUGCCGGCUUUUUCACAUGCCUCUCCUGGCUGGUUAUCGCCAUAGGGGCACUUGCAUACUUUGCAGCGGUCGUAUACUUUUGUUGCUGUGGCCGACGUCCGGGCAAAGUGCACGAUGUCGAGAUGCAGGACGCCGCCAGCACAUCAGGUCUGGUCGUCUGAUGAAGAGACACUUGUGCGGGAAGUCUUGAGGAGGAGUAUGCAUGUGCUUUUUAGGCCUUCUUGAGGUGGAACCAUAAGGCUUGUAUAAAGACAGCACGAUAGUUCACUAGCAAAGGCUAAGAGCCACAAUUUGAAUGACAUAGGCUUGUAUUUAUAAAUAAGUCCCAGGGUUGUUGUCAAACUUUCAAAGCACAGAGUAAUCAUAACUGGUGUAAAGUACUGAGGUACGUACACGGACAGAACGUCGGACAUGUUUGGAGAAAGUUCAGGGCUGUACGUUUUGCAGACACACUGACAAGUACGAGUCUGAGCAAGGGCCGGAAUGCUUUUUCUUCUUCUACUAACUUUUGAUCCACCUAGUAUGUACAAAAUUUUCGUAAACUCUGUUCGUCAUACUGAGUCAGUGUCGUUUACCAUUUCGUACUAUCUAGCUAGAGCCCCUGGUGGGAUCCGGACUCCCUUUUCGAUGAUCAUUUGCAGUUCUGGCCCU